UUCUAAAGUUUAAUGAACAGCUGUAGAUAAGUGUUUAUUUUUCGUUUGUUCCGUAUUUUCACCUGUUUGGUAUGCGAAUAAUUGAUAAUUAAAGAAAAAUAUUAAACCAAAAGCAGUAAAUCAAAUCUGGCGGUCGUUGCUGAUAAGCACCUAAUUUAGCUAAACUUUGGAAUUGGAGCUCAUUCGGUUUUCGGGCAGAAAUGGACUCGGACGACAACUCUAGUGGCACCACGGGCAGUGAUCUCGGCCAGCGUUAUCGACAUGCAGGGGAUUUAACUGGCGAAGCCCCGACUAGACCCUUCGCGGAGAUUAGCAUUACUGUUCCGUGGGGACAUAUAUCCGGAAAAUGGUACGGCCCGCAGAAUGUCCAACCAAUUUUGGGACUCCAUGGCUGGCAGGAUAACGCUGGCACCUUUGAUCGCCUGAUGCCGCUGCUCUCGCCGGACGUGGCCUUCCUUUCGAUCGAUCUUCCUGGCCAUGGCUUAUCAUCCCGAUUGCCCGAUGGCUGCUACUACAACUCUGUGGAUAAUCUAUAUGUGAUCCGACUGAUCAUGAAGCAGUACAAGUGGGAGAAGGUGUCCCUUGUAGGUCACUCAAUGUCGUCCAUUAUUGCCUUUGUGUUCGCCGCCGUCUUCCCGGACAAGGUGGACAUGAUAAUUGGGAUUGAUGCCCUGAAACCUCAUCAGCGUCCUUAUCCCUCUGUUAUAAGGACAAUGGAGACCCGUCUGGAUGAGUUCCUGCGAGAGGACGAGCGGAAUCGAAGCAAAAACGAACCGCCAAGCUAUUCCUACGAUGAACUAAUCGAAAGGGUGUAUAUCGGCACCUUCCAUUCGGUGAACAAGGAGCACUGCAAGCAUUUGAUGGCCCGCAAUAUUGGAAAGUCGGAGAAGUACCCAGACAAGUACUACUUCUGCCGCGAUCGACGGCUGAAGUUCUACAACUAUGCCAUUGGCUCCCAGGAGCUGUGCGUUGAGAUGGCCAAUCGCAUCACAUGCCCUUACUUGUUUAUCAAGGCCGCCCAGUCCUCAUAUUUCGAGGACAAGAAGUACUACGACGAGGUGCUGGAUGUACUGCAGAAGAAGCCCAACUUCGAGUACCUGGAGGUUAAUGGCUCGCACCAUGUGCACAUAAACGAUCCGGAGGCCAUUAUCGCACCGGUCAACAACUUUAUUCAACGCUUCGGACCGGCGGCAGUGGCUGCUUCUCGUCAGAAGGCGAAGGAGGCGAAGGAGAGCAAGCUCUAAAGGGUCUUCGCAAUGGUAAAUGGAGCUUAUUUAUUGUUCCACAGAUUGCACAGGUUUUUAUACUUAAUUGUUGAUUAUGUGAUCCCGGCAGAGGACUCGGCUCUGCUAUAAAUACACAAUGUACAUAUGCCGAGA